AUGGGACGAAAAAGGUCGUCGUCCGGGGACUAUCCUAGCCCUAAACGGCUCCAGAAACAAGCGGCCGAUGAGACCGAUCCAAUUUACGAGGAACCACAUUCCGACGAUGACUAUUCUCCCGAUGAUGCCAGCGUCACAAGCAGUCUUCACGACACACCAGCCACACCCUUCUCAACAGCUUCAACCUCCGUGAGGUAUCCGUCGGAGUUGAAAACCCACCGCUGCCCAUUCGAAGGUUGCACCAAAGCGUUCAAUCGACCCGCCCGCCUCCAGGAGCAUCUACGCUCGCACAACAACGAAAGGUUAUUCAGCUGCACCUAUGAGGGAUGCGACAAGACCUUCCUACGCGUUUCGCACUUGAACCACCAUGUCAAAAGCGCCCAUACCGGAAUCCGAGACUAUGUCUGUGACCGCCCGGGCUGUGGGAAGAGCUUCGUGACUGGCUCUCGAUUGCGUCGACAUUUAGCUGCCCAUGACGGCCAAGACAAAUUUCGUUGCACCGAGUAUCCGCCCUGCAAUGAGACUUUUCGCAAGCACUCCACUCUACAGAAACAUGUCCUGUCCGUUCAUCUGAAACAAAAGCCGUUCCAGUGCCAGCAUGUUGACCAGCAAACUGGAGAGAAAUGCUUGAUGGCAUUUGAGUCGGCGGGUCAUCUCCGGGCUCAUGAAAGCCGAGUCCACACGGAAAAGCGGUUCAGCUGUUCGGAGUGCUCCCAGCGUGUAGAGGAUGGAUCCAUGAUCCCCCCUGCUACUUUCCCAACAUACUCUCUACUACAGGCUCAUAUCCGCACCGCACAUCCUCCCCAAUGUCCCCACUGCUCUGUCACCUGCUCGACAGCACGAGAGCUCCGCCGCCAUCUCGAAGUAGCCCACGGCAACGUCAGUCUCGAUGACCGCCGAAUCUUCCCUUGCACCGUCCCAGGCUGCGACCGUAGCUUCACGAAAAAGGGAAACCUGACUGUGCACAUUCGAACUGUACACGACGGCGAGAAGCGCUUUGUCUGCGGCGAAACAGAUCUCUCCACCUCCAAACGAGUCACCGGGUGGGCCAGCGCCGACGGCUGCGGAAAACGAUACGGCAGCAAACUAGCCCUCGAAGAACACAUUCGCACAGCCCACAUGGGCUUCCAAAAUUCCAAAGCUGAACGUCGUCAGAAACUCGGCCAGACAAAAAAGCCGUCGUCCUCAAACAACAACCCCACCGCGCUCGCUGCCCUAACUGGUGAAGGCUACGCCGACGAAACCGGUCGCCAGAUUGCUUGUUUUGUCGAAGCGUGCCCGCACCGCUUCCAUCGCAAUUAUGAUCUCUGGGUCCAUAUGGGCAGUAAACACAACUACGCAGAAGACGACAUUCGAGAUCUUUUCCUUCAACGAGCGCUCCUCGGCGACGGCUCCGAACCUGUUCCAGCCGACGUCUUUGGGAUCUACGGUCUUGAGUUCGACAACGAGGACCUCUCGUAUCACCAGGGCUCGGACCUGUAUGGCCGUGUACCAACUGAGACUGCAGGCCACGUUCAACACCAACACCAGCUCCCUGAUCCCAGCAUUGGAUCGUAUGUUCUUAGCGACACUGAGUAUUCGAUGCUUCCUCAAUCUGCACCAGGAUUCUUCGACUCAGAUAUCAUGAUGCAGGAGUCUAUUUCUGCUUCGAAGACACAGAUACCCAAUCCCAAUAAUGACGACAUGAUGAUCGAUCCGUUCCUGGACUUCGGGAUGGUAAACUCUUAG